CGGCUUGGGGGCGGGGUCGCCGGAACCCGGCGACCCCCCAUUUUCCAUCUCCCCCUGCCGUUGCUCAUUCUGGCUCCCGGCUUCUCCAGGCCUCCUGAUGCCCGGGACCGUGGCCGUACUGGGCGGCGGCAUCAGCGGCUUGGCCGCCUGUUACCACUUGAGCCGGGCCCCUUGGCCUCCCAAGGUGAUCUUGAUCGAAGCCAGCCAACGCCUCGGGGGCUGGAUUCGGUCAGUCCGAGGGAAGGAUGGAGCUGUCUUUGAACUUGGACCCCGAGGAAUUCGUCCGGCCGGAGAGUUAGGAGCGAGGACCUUGCUCAUGGUGUCAGAGCUUGGCUUGGACUCUGCGAUUUUGCCGGUUCCCGGCAGCCGUCCUGCUGCACAAAACCGCUUCCUGUAUGUCGGGGGAACCUUGCACCCUCUGCCAACUGGCCUCAGGGGACUAUUCCUUCCAGCCCCACCUUUCACCAAGCCCCUGUUCUGGGCUGGGCUUAGGGAACUGACUGCUCCUCGGAGCAUGGAACCUGAUGAGACUGUGUACAGUUUUGCAGAGAGGCGCCUGGGACCAGAGGUGGCUUCCAUCGCUAUGGACAGUCUUUGUCGAGGAGUAUUUGCAGGAGACAGUAGAGUUCUCAGUAUCCGCUCCUGUUUUCCCAGUCUCUUUCGGGCUGAACAGACUCAUCGAUCUAUUCUGCUGGGGUUGCUGCUGGGUGCAGGACAGAGCCCCCAGCUAGAUUCACCUCUGAUUAGUCAGGCUAGAGCUGAGCGUUGGAGCCAGUGGUCUCUUCGGGGAGGGCUGGAGACACUGCCCCAGGCCUUGGGCACCCACCUGAUUCAUCAAGGAGUCACUGUUCUAACGGGUCAGGCAGUUUGUGGACUCAAUUUCCAGUCCGGUCGAUGGCAGGUGUCUCUGGGAGAUAGCAGCCUGGAGGCUGAUCACAUCAUUAGUGCUGUCCCCGCUGCAGUAUUAAGUGAAUUACUUCCCUCUGAGGCAGCACCUCUGGCCCAGGCCCUGGCUCCUAUUCGUGCUGUAUCUGUGGCUGUGGUGAAUCUGCAGUAUCAGGGGGUUCAUCUGCCUGUCCAGGGUUUUGGACACCUGGUGCCAUCUUCUGAAGAUCCUGGUGUCCUGGGAAUUGUAUAUGAUUCUGUUGCCUUCCCUGAACAGGAUGGGAGCCCUUCCAGUGUUAGAGUAACGGUGAUGCUGGGGGGAGCUUGGCUGCAAGCACUGGAGGAUGGGGGGCAGAAGUUACCUGAGGAACUAUUCCAACAACAAGCCCAGGAAGCAGCUGCCACACAGUUGGGGCUAAAAACGCCACCAACUCAAAGCCUGGUUAGCCUACAUAAGAGCUGCAUUCCCCAGUAUACCUUAGGCCACUGGCAGAGACUAGAGGCAGCUGCCCAAUUUCUAGCCGACCAUCAACUGCCUCUGACUCUAGCUGGAGCAUCUUACGAAGGUGUUUCAGUCAAUGACUGCAUUGAGAGUGGGCGACGGGCUGCAGCUCGUGUCUUGAGCACUGAUCCUGACCUUUGACCUACAGCCUUUUUUCUUAUCCCUGCAGGCCAGGGGCUCCAGUCAAGACUAAUAAAAUUGCUCUAAUUGGACAGUA